GCCGUUUUACACUGCAUUUCAUUUAAAGCACGCAACACUCGUGAGCAUCGUUUGUCCUUAUUUUACAUUUGCUAAACAACAAAGAUGAAAUGAUAUCAUAAUCGUUGCAACCUUCAAAUGAAACGCAGACUUAAUAUUUUAUUGCAGCCUUUUUUCAGCCUUUCUUAUAGCGUUUUUCACUGGCUGCACUAGUGCGCACUCAGUGCGCACCAGCCGCGGACAAUGUGUUUCACUGGACGUUUCGGUGCGCACGAAGACGGUGCGCGCUGUUUCACUGGGAAGUCUAGUGCCGAGUUUUUGCACUAUAGUGCGAGAAUUCGGCACGAGCUCCGAGAGACGGUGUCAGUUCAGUGCAAUAUGGCUUCGCGGGAUAAUGACGAUGUUUCAAAUUCACGAGAUGCACGAUUAGCAUUUGGACUAUUACAGUUGCUUUCUUCGUCAUCAUCCAGUAGUGAUGAAGAUGACUUAUUAUUAAAAGAAGAUCCGCGAAAAAUUCCAAAGAUCGAAAAUUUUGUUCAAGUAGUGCAUAACCUUGCGGAUAAGGAUUUCAAAAGUCAUUUUCGCGUUGCAAGAACAACAGCUUAUAAAAUAAUAGAAAUUUAUGAACAUUCCGGAUUUUAUCCACUUGAUCGGAGUCACGGAGGUAAUGAACCUACCACCGCAGAAUUGGAUAUUUUAUCAUUUUUGUGGUUUGCUGGGAAUAAAGUCUGCCUUAGAGAUGUGUCACAAAGAUUUGGAGUAUGUCAUGCAACAACUUUCAGGCAGAACGACCGAGUGCUUAAUUUUUUAAUUGACAUGGCUCCAAAGAUCAUAAAAUUUGGAGAUAACGAAGUUUCUGCAAAUGAGUUCUUACAAAUUGCUGGUAUUUCUAAUGUAAUUGGCUGCAUCGAUGGCACGUCAAUAAAAGUACGAACACCAGCGCAUAAAAUUAAAUCAACCUACGUGAAUAGGCAUGAUAUUCCUGCAAUUACAUUACAAGGUAUAUGUGAUGCUCGAAAAAGAUUUAUAGAUGUCUUCACUGGGAUUCCAGCAAAGAUCCAUGAUUCACGAGUUCUGAAGUUAUCGGACAUCAAUACUGAUUUACCACGUAUCUGUGAUGGAAAGUUUCAUAUAUUGGGAGAUGCAGCAUAUCCCAUAAGAGAAUGGCUACUGGUUCCUUAUAAAGAUUAUGGAAAUCUGUCUAAUAAGCAGCGAAAUUUUAAUAAACAAUUUUGUGCAACUCGAGUGUUGAUCGAAAAUGCAUUUGGACUCUUGAAAAAUCGUUUUCGACAACUUACUGAAUUAGAUCUUCAUAGUGUUGACAAAAUAUCUAAGUUCAUAAUUUCUUGUUGCGUCUUGCAUAACUUAUGCAUUGACAACAACGAUGAUUUUAUUUUUAAUAAUGAUAUUGAGUUAGACAAUCAAGAACCUAAUGAUGAAGGUACAGGGGAACAAGAAACUCUACUCCGGAGAUUAGGAGAAAUUAAAAGAGAUCAUUUAUUAAAUGUAAUUUUCCCAUGAAAUAAAGCCUGAUACAACAAUAAUUAAAUUACAUUUUGCAUAUGUAUUUAUUGUUUGUAUGUAAACCAUAAUAAUAAACAUUCUUGUUUGUGAA